CCCCACAGGUAACGGAGUAACAGACUAUGGGGCUCUUUCUCUCUCCUCUCUCCUCUCUCCUCAAUGGUUACCCAUAUUUCCAUGAAGGUUGAGGAGAGUAAGUAGCAGAGAAAAAGAAAAGAAAAGAAAAGAAAAACCAGAGAAGAAACACAUUCGGCGGACUGCACAUUUCUCAAGCUACACAGAGAUUUUUAUAUGCUAAAUUCUCAAUAUAACGGCUAGUUUUAGUGUUUUAGAUGGUUCUCAGCGAGGUUUGACUUGGGUUCUCUCUAUCUUCACAUCGUUGCCAUCAGUCAGCAGGGAGAGCUCAAUACAUGGAUUUCAACAAUAAUAAUGAACCAUGGGAAUGGCCAGGUGAUGAAUACCAUUUCCAAAAGGAUUCCCAUUUUGAAAUCUCUAAUACUCUGUGGGAUGAAGUAAACCAGAAUGAAGAAAGUCUCUCCUACAUGUUUGAUGAAACAACUCCAAUUAAAGCUUGCGGGGAUUUAGCAUACCAUGUUACUGACAGUGGGAAAAAUAUGAUCCAGGAACCGGAAGAGCAUAUGGAGUCUUCAUCGCAUUUAAAGAGGAGACGAAUGUUACAAUUCAACACAAGUACCAUGGAUCACUGUUAUUACAAUGACCAGAUUUCAUCUGCAUUUGUAAAAUCAAAGGACAGGGAUGAUCAAGUUGGAGCAGCUUUAGCUAACACAUCAGAUUGGGCUUCAGAACUAACAGAUGAUAGGUUUGCCGUUGGUAACAGAAGUCUGGGUCAGUCUUCUGAGGGAUGGCUUGUCAAUUGCUUCAAUGACACUGAGAUGCAUUUUAGCUCGGAUGAUGUGAAUGUGUCUGGGGCUUCUGACGAGCAAAUUGACAUUUCAGAGUUCUGCAAUUUCCCACCUGAGGUGGAAGUUAAUGUGGUGCAAGGAUGUUCAACCUCAACUCCUAAAUGUGUUUUCAAAGGUAGGAAGUCUUUCAUUCAAACUCCCACAAAGAUGUCUUCUGCUGUUGCAUAUCCCUUUGCGCUCAUCAAGCCCUGUAGUGUCCAUGGAAAUGUUACUCUGAAGGACAUAAACCAGCGGAUUCGAACUCCACCCCCUUCAAAGUCAAAGCAAAGUGAUGAUGACGCCUCUGCUUCUUAUCCCACUUCAGCUUUUUCUGGGAAACCUGUGGUUGUUAAAACCAAAAUCCGCACUGAAGGAGGAAAAGGAAGUAUUACAAUCAUGAGAACCAAAGGCUGAGUAGAUAAGUUUUUCUUGCUUUGUCUUUUCUUGGUGACUCUGUGGCCCCCGUCUCUCCCCCCACCCUUUUUGUAUCUCCAUUUUGUUUCUUGAGGUUGUAGAGGUUUUCUGUAUGAUUUUCUGAAUUCAUCAAGUGCAGAAGUUGGUGGCAAAUGUUCUUUUUUUUGUUCUCUGUGGAAUUCAUUAACACAUCAAAGUGUUUAAGAUUCCAAGAUGCUGAUGUGUUGUAGAUCCCCAUGCCCGUCUUUUGGCUUCAGUAUAGUCUGUUAAUUGCCACCAUAUAUUUAUAUAAUGUGAAUAGUAUGUUUACUUGGUA